AUACCAUGUGAGAAUGUAUUUUACGUCAAAAUAACAAUAAUGGGCACGAUCCAGAAUCUGGAGAUCUGCAGAAUCCUUCAAAGAUCUUGAUUCAUAAGUUUCUGUAUCUUUUUUGUGGACAAAUGCUACAAAAUGCCGGUUUUAAAUAGGCCUAAAGUUGAAGGGAGUAUUAAGAGAAGAUGGAGGUGGAGAGAAUAGAUGUGGAAGAGUUAAAGGGUGUGCAGGUUUUGGGAAGAGGAGGGAUGGGCACUGUAUUUUUAGUUGUAAAAGAGGAUUCUCAGGCACCUCUGGCACUGAAAACCAUUAGGAAGUCUGCAAGUAAGAAGAGCAGAGCAGAAGAGAUUUUGAGGAGGACAGAAACUGAGUUGGACAUUGCAUCCUCACUGCACCACCCAUUUCUGUCAAUAUUGUUGGGUGUUGUGGAGACUGAAAAGAUCACUGGUUUGCUUGGGGAGUAUUGCCCAGGUGGGGAUCUUCACAAUCUCAGGCUUAAUCAGCCUGAAAAGAUCUUUUCAGAGUCUGUCAUCAGGUUUUAUGCAGCAGAGAUUGUGAUAGCAUUGGAGUACCUACACAGCCAGGGGAUAGCCUACAGAGAUCUGAAGCCCGAAAACAUCCUCAUACAGGCCAGUGGGCACAUAAUGCUCACAGAUUUCGAUCUGUCAACCCGGCUUUCACACAAGAAAUUGCCAGUCCAGCCCUCAAAAACACAAAAUUCAAAGAGAACCAAACACUCAAAACUCUCAUCCAUUAUAUCCUGCUUAAAACCUUGCCAUUCAAACCAAGCCACCAUGGAAACACAUUCUUCUGCCCAAGUUGCUCCCACCAACACAAAACCUAAUGUCAACCUUAGGACAAGAUCCAAAUCCCUGGUGGGCACAGAUGAAUAUGUAGCUCCAGAGAUGUUGAAUGGCACUGGUCAUGAAUUUGCAGUUGAUUGGUGGGCUCUAGGGAUUCUACUCUAUGAGUUUCUCUAUGGUAGAACACCCUUCAAGGGCACCACAAGGAAGCACACAUUCUACAACAUUCUAAUCCAGCAUCCCCAUUUCAUUGGGACAUGGACUCCUCUAAGGGAUCUCAUAAUAAGAUUGCUUGAGAAGGAGCCCUCAAGAAGAUUGGGCUCCCGGAAUGGAGCACAAGACAUAAAACAACACUCUUUUUUCAAGUCCCUCAGUUGGGAUAAUGUACAUUGUGUGUCCAGACCACCAUUUGUGCCUUUCUCUAAUUAUCCUCCACAACACAUGAUGAACAAUGUUUGCAGUCCAAUUGGCAUACAUGAGUUGGUGGAGAUGCAUGGUAGAAACAAAAGAAAUACGAGUGGCAUGGAGGAAUUGCCCAAAGGAGAGGAUAUUAAGGGUUUGGGAGUGUUUUAAUUGCAUUCAUUUAAUAUCAUGAUUUGGGGGAUCAGUUCUUGUAAAGCUUCAACAAUUAUCAUAUAUUUCAAACUAUGGUUUAGCUUGGCUAUAA